CUCCACCACAGCGCACCCCUCAGGUCCCGUUCCGCCGGACGCUCCCGGACCGCAUGUGCACCAGAAAGCACCAUGGGCCAGGGGGACCAUCGACCGCCGUACAAUAUUUCGCCGGCGACGGCGACACGUUGAAACGCCGCUCGAGGUCGACGAAAUCGACGUUGCACGGGAGGUCCUCCUCCCGCGCCCUUGAAACCUGAUGCACCACCCCGAGAACGGGGACAGCCGACAGAGAUGCAAGCGGCUAGCGUUAAAAGCGAUCGCUGGCGCGGCGCCCGGAAGCAGCCGGAUCCGUAUCGACCUCGAGCGGUUGAGGAAGGACAAACACCUACGGGUCGCCUUCCAAAACAGGGCCUCCAGCCGCCCUCCGUCCACGGCGCUCAGGCGGCCAACGGGAGAGACCGCCGCCGAGCUGACGGCUACGGUGAUGUCGGCCGCUGCUGAGACCGCGCCGCUGGCGAGCUGCGCACGAGGGCAGAGAGGCUGGUACACUAGCGAAGCGCAGCACGAGAUCUCCGAAACGUCUAAGGAGAAAAAGGCGGCCCAGCAGCAACUGCCUGGGGCCUCAAAGAACANGCUCAAGGCGGCGCGGAAGAAGCGCAGCAUCGCGAGGUGGAGAGCACUGGAAACGUUCUUCGAGGGCUAUGUACGGCAGCUCGAGAAGAAGAGCCGCGAGGGGGAUCAGGCGGGUUUCUACAGGCACCUGAAGAUGAUCGACGUCGAAGGUAAGACGUUCACCUCUCAGAACAUCAAGGACGAGGACGGUAAGGUCCUUCGGGACCCCACGUGUAUUCGCCAACGGUGGGCACGGUGGUUCCACACGCUUCUCAACAUCAAGCCGCCGACCAUCGACCUGCAUGCGGCUGACAAGGUCAAGCGGUGGCCCACGUGCGUGCCACUCGACGACAUCCCAUCUCUACUUGAGGUUGAGGAAGCGGUACGGGAAAUGGCCAACAGAAAGGCCGUCGGGCCGGACGACCUACCGGCUGAGCUGAUCAAGCUUUUCCUGGACGGAGAUCAAGGUCUCCUCCGCGAGUUCCACGCCAUCGUCGUGGACGUGUGGCAGACUGGGGACGUACCACAGCAGUGGAAGGAUGCCACCAUCAAAGUGCUGUUCAAGAAGGGGGACACGAUGGAGUGCGGCAACUACCGGGGCAUCUCUCUCGUCGCACACGCCGGCAAGUUGCUGCUUAAGGUCGUCGCUACACGACUGAGCCACUACUGCGAGCGAGAGGGCAUCCUCCCGGAGGAGCAGAGCGGUUUCCGCCCACACCGGUCGACGCUCGACAUGCUGUUCGCCAUCCAGCGGCUCCAUGAGCUCGCGAGGAAGAAGAGUACUGCGGUGUUCGCGUGCUUCGUCGACCUCACCAAGGCAUACGAUUCGGUGGACCGAGACCUACUGUGGGACGUGCUCCGACGCUUCGGCGUGCCCCCGAAGAUGCUGGCGGUCAUUCGCCACUUCCACGAGGGCAUGAGGGCGCGCGUCCGAACGGACGACGGGCAGUACUCGGAAUGGUUCGACGUGGGCCAAGGCCUCUGGCCCCGCUGCUGUUCAACUUGUUCUUUGCCGCGAUGCUCAUGGUCGCCGUGGCCGAGUUCGACAAGGACCCCAAGGUGACGGCGGACAUGGUCAAGAUCGGGACACAAGUGGAGUACACGGGCAAGAAGGGCAGGUCGGCGGGGAAGAAGACGACGGUGGUGACGGACGCGGAGGUCUUGUGGGCCAUGCUCUACGCUGACGACGCGGCC